ACGUGAGGAGUGGGAAGCCGUUUCCCGGGGCUGAUGCGCGCCUGCGCAGUGAGCGGCGGCUCGGCCAAGUGUCCGCGGCGUGAAGAAGCGCAGACACGCGUCAGUCUGUGACAAGACGUGGACGGCAACACACUUCAGUGUGACAAGACACGCGUGGAAUUACCAACAUUUUAAAUUUUAAAAGGAAAGGUUUGGGGGGUUUUUUUAAGCGGCGACGAAGGAGACAACAAACAGAUGGAUGAAAGGAUAGAACAUUUACACGACAGACACUUCAUGGACCGCGCGGAUUUUUUGGGGGUGGACUACCCUUCUUUGUACGUGUGCAAACCGAAACGCGGCAUCAAGCGGGAGGAUGGUGGAAAGGACGCGUACAAGUUACCUCAUCGAUUAAUCGAGAAGAAGAGGAGAGAUCGAAUCAAUGAAUGCAUCGGUCAGCUGAAGGAUCUGCUUCCGGAACAUUUGAAGCUAUCGACCCUGGGCCACCUGGAGAAGGCGGUCGUCCUGGAAUUGACGCUGAAACAUUUAAACGCGCUGACCGCGGUGACGGAGCAGCAGCACCAGAAGAUCGUGGCUUUGCAGAACGGGGAGAAGACGUCCGUUCACGCCGACCUGGACGCUUUCCAUUCCGGCUUCCAGACGUGCGCCAAGGAGGUCCUGCAGCACCUGAGUCAGUUCGAGAACUGGACCACGCGUGAGCAGAGCUGCGCGCAACUGGUCAAGCACCUGCACAAAGUCCUGGCCCAGGUCCAGUCGGGCGCAGCAGCGGACUGCCAGAAAGCCGACAACCAGGUCCCCGUCAUCCAGAGGACCCAAGGCGUGGGCGGGGACGUGACGGAGAACGACACGGACACGGACAGCGGGUACGGCGGCGAGGCGGAGAAGGGCGAGGGCAAGGAGUGCGAGGGAGGCAGCAAGAAGAUCAAGCAGGAGUUCGCAGACGAUCGUCCCGCCAAGAGAGCAAAGAUGAACUGGUCCUUGAACGCAUCAUCGGAUGUGGCGUUCAUGAACUCUCUGAUGGGAUUAAGCGGCGUAGGACAGCAGACGCCCGUUUGCAUGCCUUUCUACUUCAUCAACCCGUCCGCCGCCGCCUCCUACAUGCCUUUUUUUGACAAGAGCACCAUGGAGAAGUGCGUGUACCCCACGGCGGCCGCCCUCACCUCGCCCUUCCCGUGGCUCUACCCCGCACAGGCGGCGGCUGCCGCGGCGGCCUUCCCGGGCUUCUCGCCCCCGUGCAAGGACCCCCCGCCGUGUGGCGACGACGCCGAGGCCAGCUCACCCGAGGAGUGCCGGGAAAGUGACGGAAGUAACGAUGACGUCAGCGGCGCGUCACAAGAAAGUCGGGGCGACCUGCGUGACCAGUUUCCUGUUUCCUGUCAAAGCAGCUAACUUGUCUGGCAGACGUCGCACUGUUUGUGGACACUUUAUUGUGUGGAUGCUGAGAGUCACGCACUCCACGCGUCACAGUUAGAAUCACUUGUAAUCAUAUUUUGGGUGGGCAAAUAGUUUAAUACCUAAGUAUAUGUCAGGGGUCUUCAAUUGUGAUAGUAAACAAACACAAAUUGCCCAAAUAAUGAAAUCAUGAAGCUUUUACAAAAAAACCUGCUUAUUAUUGUAAAUAUAUCGUCCACAACGCUAAUUUAACAUAUAUAUAUAUAUAUAUUUUUUAUUUUUUUUAUGUUAGGUCAGGAAAAAACACAGACGCUAUAUCAUCCCUACAAGCCUGUUUUGCAGGUUUUCCUGCUCGUCAGGGGAUUUUAAAUACAAUUAAAUAAAAUACAAUUUUAAAUACAUUUGUAAAAAAAAACACAGAGGCUAUAUCAUCCCUACAAGCCUGUUUCACAGGUUUUCCUGCUCGUCAGGGGCUUUUAAAAAAAAUACAAUUUUAAAUAAAAUUGUACAAAAAACACAGAGGCUAUAUCAUCCCUACAAGCCUGUUUCCCAGGUUUUCCUGCUCGUCAGGGGAUUUUAAAUAAAAUUACUUAAAUCAAAUACAAUUUUAAAUAAAAUUGUAAAAAAACACAGAGGCUAUAUCAUCCCUACAAGCCUGUUUCGCAGGUUUUCCUGCUCGUCAGGGGAUUUUGAAUACAAUUAGUUAAAUAAAAUAAAAUUUUAAAUAAAAUUGUAAAAAAAACACAGAGGCUAUAUCAUCCCUACAAGUCUGUUUCGCAGGUUUUCCUGCUCGUCAGGGGAUUUUAAAUAAAAUUACUUAAAUAAAAUACAAUUUUAAAUAAAAUUGUAAAAAAACACAGAGGCUAUAUCAUCCCUAAAAGCCUGUUUCGCAGGUUUUCCUGCUCGUCAAGGGAUUUUGAAUAAAAUUAGUUAAAUAAAAUACAAUUUUAAAUAAAAUUGUAAAAAAACUCAGAGGCUAUA